UGACCUGCCGUUGAUAACACUUCAAAUGGAUUACCUGUUAAAAGCGAUAUUUUUUUUACUCCUACUGAGCUUCCACUGCACCGAUGGAUAUGUUAAUGGCCGCCACGAGAUUGUCAGAAGGGAGGUGAACGUGACAGAGUUGGAUCGCGGAUUGCGUGGAGCACUAACCAUGUUAUUCCAGCCCCUUGCUGAUCUUGCUGCCAAGUUAAAGUUGGAGAUACCCCUGAUUCCACGCUCCCGUACCAAAAACUUCAACUAAUGUAUUGCUUUAAUGAGGUGCAAGGACUUUUAGAAAUUUCCUUGAAAAGGGCUAAUGGUUCGUCGAGUUCACUGCCCGGGAAUGUCAUCAAAUCCAAACCAGCGGGAUGCCCACGCUGUCACCCAGCUAAUUUUCACACACAUAUGUGUCGUUUUUCCGACAUAUGGGUAUCCAAUAUUUACCCAAGGCACAGGUGCAGCAGGAAGUGAGUAGAUACGUGACACAGGGCAUUGAACCAGGACACUUUUAGUACACCAAGCGAGUUAAGACCACGUCCACACGCGCCGGAAAAUGUCAAAAAAAAGUCUAAAUUUGCGUCAAAAUGUCAGCAUUUCGCAUAAUUUGUUGA